AUGCCUAAACGAUUAUUUUUUCCUGGUCCCAACAAAGAAGUCGUUGAAUUAGAAGGAACAAAUUUCUUUGUAAAAAUUGAAACCUUGCCGCAACCAAAACAUGCGCAGGCAUUUUUUAUUUUAAAAGACUCCGAAGAAGAAUGCGACGUUCCAGAAGAAAUUAAAUGUGUAGAUAAGACGAAUAAUAUCGAAAACAUAAAAAUGCCUUGUACCGAAUAUUUUUUACUCACUCACCUGAAUAAAUAUGAAUUUUAUUUUAAUGAUAUAAAAAAAAUUAGUUUAAAACCCGAACCUAAAUCUUUUUUAAUUCAAUUAUAA